AUGUCGAGACGAUAUGAUUCGCGAACAACCAUUUUCUCGCCGGACGGCCGUCUGUACCAGGUCGAGUACGCGUUAGAAGCCAUUUCCCACGCCGGCACGGCCAUUGGGAUCCUGGCCAAAGACGGCAUCGUCCUCGCAGCUGAGCGCAAGGUUACGUCGAAACUGCUGGAGCAGGACACGUCGGCUGAGAAGCUCUACAUUCUCAAUGACAACAUGAUCUGUGCGGUCGCCGGCAUGACGGCUGACGCCAAUAUCCUCAUCAAUUACGCCCGACAAGCCGCUCAACGGUAUCUCCUCACCUACAACGAAGAUAUUCCCUGCGAGCAACUGGUGCGCCGGCUCUGCGACCUGAAGCAAGGCUACACACAACACGGUGGCUUGCGGCCGUUUGGUGUCUCGUUCAUCUACGCUGGCUGGGACCCGCAGCGUCAGUUCCAACUGUACCUCAGCAACCCCUCGGGCAACUACGGCGGAUGGAAGGCUACAAGCUCAGGAGCCAAUCAUGCAAGCGCGCAGAGUCUGUUGAAGCAGGACUACAAGGAGGACUGCACGUUGGAAGAGGCGUGCGGCAUGGCUGUCAAGGUGCUGAGCAAGACCAUGGAUGCGACAAAGCUUAGCAGCGAAAAGAUUGAGUUUGCGACAGUGGGGCAGACCAAGGACGGCAAAAUCUACCAUAAGCUAUGGAGUGCGGAAGAGAUUACGGCGUUAUUGAAGCAGCACGAUCUGGCGAAAGAUGAGACAACUGAAGAGAAGUAG